ACCGGCGUAUGGCAACGUUUUCAGAGACAAUGACUAGAUGGCGCUACAAUCGUUUUUCUUUCAUCUCACCAUAUUGCUAAUUUCCCCUCCAUUCUAUAGUGUAAAAUAAAAAUCAAAAUUAAUUCUGUAUCGGAAAACUAUUUUUUUCCUUUGAAAUUUAUGAAAAGGAAAAUUAUAAGAAAUUUCUUUCUGCCCACUUUCACAAGUUUAAUUCAUAGUUUUUCAUUCAGUAAACAAAGUUCAAAAAAGUGAUCUAUAGGAGUGAAAAGUGACCACGCAUUCUAUUCCAUGUUACAAAAUUAGAAGAGCAAGAGCAGCAGCAGCAAAUAAAAUUUAAAAAAAAAACCUGUCUUAUUGGAAACUACUGGGGCUAAGGCAAAAGCAAACUACUGGUAAAGGAAAUCACCAAGAGAAAAUUUUGUAUUAUGUUUUACCCAAAAUCACCUUUUAUUAAGAAUCAACUUGUUGAAUCACAAUUGUUUUCACGGAAUCCUUCAGGGAUAAACACCCUUUUGGAAUGGAUGUGUCGAACGCCCUCAACAACAACUUACCGAAUAAACCCACUAUUAUCCUCAAUAACUGAUUUUAGUGCCAAGCUUCAGGCAAUUUUGUCUACAAAGUACAAAAAUACUCCCAAAAUAUUUUCCAUCAAUGGAAUCCCUGAAGUCAUAUGCAUAUCAAAACUUGAUGAAGUUCCAAAACUACCUUCGAAAGACCUCAAAGAAGUAAUGGUUGAUAGUAGUUGUGGAGCCGCUGUUCUCAGAGGUGCGCACAUAUUUGCCCCUGGAGUUCUAUCAAUGCAAAGUGGGACGAAGCUAGGAGAAAUGGUCAACGUGUUUGUUGAUCUAGAAGGAAAGUGUAAAAAAGGCACUAGUAUAGUUUUCGAAUCUGAACAAAAAGUCUUUAUUGGCACCGGGGAAGUCAAAAUGCAAAGAUAUCAAUUGUAUGGAGAAAAUAUUGCCAACCAUGGAAUUGCCAUCGAAAUGCUAUCGAAUAUAUCUGGAGUUCCGUCAAUCGGUGAUCUAUCAUCCAAAGAUGCUCUCUUACAAAAUUUCCCCUCAAUAGUUUGUGUUCGGGUUUUAGAUCCGCAACCAAAUGAAUUAAUUUUGGACAUGUGUGCAGCUCCUGGAAAUAAAACAACUCACAUAGUGGAAUUAAUGGGUGAUACUGGAACUGUGAUAGCUUUAGAUAAGACUGAAAAUAAAGUGGAUUUAAUAAGACAGAAGAUAGAAAUAAAUGGCAUAAAAUCAAUCAAAGCAUUUGCAUUUGACUCCACGAAGUUAUUACAUGAGAGUAUUAACGAUUCCAAACUAGAUAAUCCUCCUUUUGGACCUUGCAAAUUUGAUCGGAUUCUUUUAGAUGCUCCAUGCAGUGCUAUUGGAAACAGACCAUUGCUGUCUAGUAAUAUAACUCCAAAAAUGUUGAAAUCAUAUCCCAAUGUGCAGAAGAAGCUGCUAAGAAAUGCUGUCGGGCUUCUUAAAAAAAAUGGAGUAUUGGUUUAUAGUACAUGUAGUGUGACUGAAGACGAAAAUGAGGGCAUGGUAAAAUGGGUUUUAGAGCAAUUUCCUGAAAUGAUUUUAAUCGAAGCAGUUCCUAUUUUUGGUGGACCUGGAAUAAAGGAAGCAGGUGGAUUGACGGAAGAACAACGACAUCUAGUUCAACGAUUUGGUCCAACUGAAUAUAAUAGAGGAGUUCCAGUGGACAGUAUUGGUUUCUUUAUUGCAAAGUUUGUAAAGAUUUCCUGAUAUAAAAAUUAAAAAUUAAAGUAA